AAUAAUAUUGCUGAAUUAUUCUUCUGUGGGAGAGCCGAAUCUGCGGCUACUGGUUGCGGCCUAUUUACCGGGAGAUGCGCACGCAGCCCCGAACGUCGGCCACGUCGGAGGAGUGACGGAGGGAGAUGGGUGGGUGGUUUUCCACCAUGUUUUACGGCCUGUUUGGGUCACGGGAAAUGAGAAUAUUGAUCUUGGGUCUCGAUGGAGCAGGCAAGACUACGAUACUCUAUAAGCUGCAGGUGGGCGAAGUUGUCACCACCAUUCCCACUAUUGGCUUCAACGUUGAAACAGUGACUUACAAGAACCUGAAGUUUCAAGUGUGGGAUUUGGGUGGACAGACCAGUAUACGGCCCUACUGGCGUUGUUAUUACUCCAACACUGACGCGGUGAUCUACGUUGUGGACAGUUGUGAUAAGGAAAGGAUGGGGAUCUCAAAGUCAGAACUUGUUGCUAUGCUUGAGGAGGAAGAAUUGAAGAAGGCUAUCCUAGUUGUCUUUGCAAACAAACAGGAUAUGGAACAAGCAAUGACCCCCACAGAAGUGGCCAAUGCCCUUGGCCUACCAGCCUUGAAAGAUCGGAAAUGGCAGAUAUUCAAGACCUCUGCAACCAAAGACAUUGGUUUGUCUGACGCUAUGGACUGGUUGGCUGAAGCUUUGAAAUGUAGACAAUGAAAACCGUCAUUGGUUCAUUUUGAUCCAUCACAAGAAAUUGCAACAGUCUUGAUUUUUACCCCUGCAUCUCGAAGUCUUUUAAUAUGUAUAAGGACUACAUAUUCCAUUUAUUCUUGUCUUUGUUUUUGAUUUAAUGUUAUAUUUAUGUGGGGUUCUCAUCGCUUGGGUUCACUUUAAUGUUUAAUUGGUCUCUUAAGGAAAGGGUUGAGGAUUUCUGUCAAGGAAAGGGAAGUGUUAAACUUUUGUUUAAAUCAGCUCCUGGUUUGCGAUUUAAUGGAACAUUAAUACACUAAUAAAACAUUCCUUCCUUUGGUGAUAUGUUCUGCAACAACAUAACAACUGAAGAUUGAAGCUUUGGGUAUUUAUCUCAA